AUGGCGGCGCCGCAGUGCCAGGCGCUGCACCUGUCCGACGAGACGCGCUGCACCGCGCCCGCCACCAACGCCAACGGCCUGUUCUGUCACUUCCACUCGCGCCAGGUCUACGGCCUCUACAAGGGCUACAAGCGCCGCAAUGCCGCCCUGGACCACCUCGCCGCCCAUCCGCCGCCCUUUCUCGCCGCCCAAGAAGCCGCAUCGAUCCCGCUCACCCGCAUCAACUUCUCGUCCGUGUCGUCCGAAGACGAGCUGCGCGCCCUGCACGACCACCUCUUCGAGCGCCACGCCCUGCUCGACCGCGUCAUCCGCGCCCGCAAGCUGCACCACUCGCGCUUCUACGCCCUGACCCUCGACUACGGCCACCAGCGCUACCUCGACGCCCUGGCCUCGCAGAAACACGCCGUGCUGCGCGCCCUCGAGCGCCUCGAGCGCCGCACCGCCGACGUGCUAUACGAGAAGCAGAAGUGGUUCAAGUGGGUGCGCCAGCUCGAGGACGAGGAGGAGAUGCAGCGCGACCAGGAGAAGAAGAAGGUCAAGCAGGAGGCCCAGCUGCUGAAGCGCCACUGGAAGGAGCUCGAGGCCCGCAUGCGCGAGCUGCGCGUGCGUGAGGAGCGCCGCAGGCAGGACGAGUACCUGGACAAGGCCUGGGAGGAGCGCGCCAAGGCAGACGCCGACGACGCCGAUGACGAGGACUGGGAUCCCAUCGAGGACUCGGUCGAGGACGAGCGCGGCAACUACAUCGACCUGCUGCGUCUCUUCCUGUGGCAGGAGACGGCCCGCGACGCGCUGAAGGCCGAAGACCAGCCAGAGACAAAGCCGGCCGAGGCCGAAGCCAAGCCCGAAGCCGAGCCCGUCGAGAAGGCUGCCGAUGCGCCCAAGAGCAAGGCCGCAAAGAAGCGGGCGAGGCAGAAGGCUGCCAAGGCCAACGACCCCCCGCAAGAGCUGCCCAAGCCUGGCGAGGUCCACGUCGAGAACAGAGCUGACGUGCGCCGCCGGCUCCGCGAGGGCCAGAAGAUGGAGCGCGGGCCCGGCUGGAAGCUGCGUGGCACUGUCGAGAACCCUGCUGCCAUCGAGGACCGCAUGCCGCCCGUGCCCGACAGCGAGAUUGACGUGCUGCUCUCCCAGAUCACCGAGGUCAAGCAGCUCCUCUUCUGCCGCCUCGUGCUUGGCCAUGCCGCCCUUCUCCCAAUCGCCCUCCGCUCCAACACCAUCGACGAGUUCCUUGCUGACCCCGGAGUUACCAACGUCGACCUGCGUGACCUCUGCCUCGAGAUGGAACAGCCUGGAUUGCAACAGCUCCGCGACGCCUGUGCCGACUUGGACCGCGGCUAUGACGAAGAGGACGACAGAGAGACCGACACCAAGACAACCCGCUCACGUGGCGACCACCGUUAUGCCCUGGUCCGACCCGCAAUCCCGCGUAUCUACCAAACCAAGCGCGAAAAGGCGCUGAAGGACGCGCGCCAGAAGACGUUCGGCGCCGAGGCAGGCACCUUUGUCGACUUUGGCGACAUCGACGAUCGGGGCCAGUACAACAUCAGGAAAAUCCGGGUCAAGGUCUGCGGCAAGUACAUCUACAACUACCCGAGCGAGAAGGCCAUGUCGCGCGGAGGCUGGUUGCAGUUCUCGAUAAUAGCGAAGGACUGUGCCCUGUUUAAUGCCGUCGGCUUGUGUCGGAACUGGGACGAGUUCUUUGAGCUUAGCAUCCUGGCCACCUACCAGUAUUUCCCCUCCGGGAACUGGGCUGCCUGGGUCGGCGAUCAGAUGCGCCAACAGGUGCUUCAGCUGGCUUUUGGAAAGGGCUUUAUCCCGUACUUCCAGAUGGAGCUGGCUGACAGGUACACAAUGCACCACCAAACCGGAUCUCGCAGCCACUACGGUCGUCAGCACCAGAUCAUGGAGUCGCGCAACUUCAUCUGCGCCUGUCUGAAGCGCAACGAUCCCGUCUCACGCCGCUUCAUCCAAUACCUCGUCAUGCAAGCCAACGCCAUGGUCGCUCUGGUCCGUGAUGUGAAGGACGGCAAGAUCCUGGCCAAGCCGCCCGACACCGAGCUCUGGCUGGUCCGCCAAAAGUCGGGCUUGGGCCGCGCCUCUCGCAACGAGUGGAACGUGAUAAAGUCAGUCGGGCCCGCCUUUUUCGAGGACAUGGACAGGCAGCGCCAGUGGCACUUCAACUUCAAGGAGUACUUUGACGUCAUCAUCUGGGACCUCGAGCCCGGUCUUCACUUCUCCCACCUCUACAACGCCGUGCAGACGGCCCUCAUCAAAGCCCACCGCUUCCGGUGCGGCCUCGAUCUGUACAAGCCCUCGGAGCACAUCCUGAAGACCAUCACGCGCGACAAGGAGACGCAGCGCACCCGAGACAUCAAGCCCGGCGAGGAGGGCAAGGUGCCAAGCAUAUGGGACGACAUCAACAGUGACACCAACCGAGUCAAGUUCUUCACCGACGAUGCAGAAACAGCCGAGGAGCUCUCCGACGACAUGCCCCGGGAGUGGAGAUACAGCGAGGCGGAUAGGCUCGAAGAUGAGAUCCUCUUCCCGUGGGAGCACAAGGCGGGCAGGCUCACAGAACUGAAGGAAAGCGGCGAAGACGGCGGAGAGAACGAAGACGAGGAGCUUCUGGCCACGCAUGGAAGGAUGCAUGACUUUGAGAACCUUGGCCCUUCCUUGAAGCGGUUCGCAUACGACCUUGACACGGACGAAGAGCUGGGCGGCGACUGCGACUCCCUCUGCGAAUCCGACUGUUCGGGCAUGCACGACGGCGACGAGUCGGACGUGGAUUGGUACAGCGAUGAUUACGACUCUGAGCUUGACGACAGUGAUUAUGAUUCUGAACUCGACGGCGAGGGUUGGGAGGAUGAAGAUGGGCCAGCCGACGACGAUGCUGACGGCGGUAGAAACCCUAUGAGCUUGACGACGACGCCUGCGAAGGACGAACUUGCAGAUAUUCUCGAGGGCACUUCUCCCAUGAAAGCUCUGCUGGAUCAUCUUCAACUUGCACUCCCAGCCUCGGAGAAGGAGGAAGCGGAGAAGUUCAAAGAAGCUGCCAAAGCGUACGGUUACCCGGGUGCUUCCGACUGGGAGGAGCUGUCGAGUAACGUCCGGCAAGCCAGGCCUGCUACCCAAGCCGACUUCAUGGAGAUGUGUGCAGCUGUCAUAGAUGUGGUGAUACCAGAAACCAGAGAAAAGACCGAAGAAGCUUCGGACGCUAAGGCGUUGGCGAAGAAGCCCAAGAAGGAGAAGAAGCUCACCAAGAACCAGCAGAAAGAGCAGGCCAUGGAGGCAUUCCGGGACGACUGGGCGAUCCACAUGGAUCGUGAGCGCGCUGCCUGCUUCAAAGAAUGCUGGCACCGGGCCGACCUCGAGCCGGGCGCCCAGGAGCGCUGGACCGAAUACACGCGCCUGAUGUCGGCAUUCGAUAAAUGGGAUAGCCCGGGCAGGCGGCUGCGAACAACGGCGCAGAUGCUGGAGCGGGCCAGGGGUACCAUAAAGCUACUCGAAGACCUAGGCAUCGAAGCGAGCUGCCAUCGCCGAAUCAAGCGCGACAUGCACCGUGCGUGGACGCUGACUUCCAUGUUCUUCGGUGACGCGGCCGCCUUCUUCAACUCGGAGACGGGUUUGUCGUUCAAGAGGUCGCUGCUACUGAACCAGGAGGAGCGCGCCAAGCACCCGCCCGACGUGCGCUCGCCGCACUCGAACAAGACGCGUCCGAAGGAGCACUGGAAGGAAUGGGACGGCGUGGGCAAGACCAAGGAAGGCCGCCGCAACGUCAUUGAGCACUACCCGGAACACUGGAACCUGGUCGUGCGCCCGACGCUCGCCCAUCUCUACCGUGAAGGCGUCAUCUGCCCGUCGUAUGUCCGCACCCCCAAACACCAAUCCCCCACCAAAAAGACUAUACUGCACAACUACCCCAUUCUCAUCACCGCCCCCAACAGAUACUGGCCGACGGGCAACGGGCCCGCCGUCUCGCUCACCGAGCCCGACCGCCCGGGCAAGCCCGACGUCUACUUCGACUGGCGCCUCUCCAUCCAGCAGAUCAACCUCCCGCCGACGCUGCAGGACCCGUUCUCGCGCCCGCCGCUCCUCGACCACGCCCGAGGCUUCGCAAAAGACAACCCGGGCGCGCUCUUCACCGUCCUGCGGGUCUGGUCUGCGCCGCACUUCUUUCCGCUCAUGCUCGGCCACGACAACCGCGACAACACGUCCUUCGCCGACGGCGUCGGCCGCAUGUGGGAGUGGAAGUUCAUCCCCAAGGACAUGCCGUUCAGCGAGUGGAGCAUGCACCAGAGCGCGCGCCAGCGCAUCGAGCCGUACCGCGACAGCUUCUUCGGCGACAGUGUCGUGUGUCGGAAGGACAUGUUCCUCGUCAUGGCGAGGGACCGCAAGGAGUGCAUCAGGCUGACCAGGGCGGCUGUGUGGGCGGUCAACACGAGGCCGUGGCGCCUGGAGGUGGAUCCGUGGAAGAGUUGGUUUGGGGUGGGGUUGGAGUUCCUGGAAGGGUUGGAGGAAAGGUGGUGGAUUUGA